AUGCCUUCAAGACGGACAGCAGAGCCGCGGCUUAUUGUUAUCGGAUGCGGAGUUGCUGGCAUUGCCCUCUCUGCACGGCUCAGAUCACAGCUGGGAUACGACAACUUCAUCAUCUACGAAAGAGAGAAAUCCAUCGGUGGGACAUGGUACCUCAACACAUACCCUGGUGUUGGCUGUGAUGUCGAUUCUCAUCUUUACUCCUUCUCCUUCAACUUGAACCCCGACUGGUCGAAGCGAUUCGCCGAGCAAAGUGAGAUCCUUCAAUAUCUACAAGACACGGUCGACAAGUUUGGCAUCAGGCACCAUGUGCGUCUCGGCGUGGAGGUGGUCGAGGUAGCUUGGAUCGAAGACAAGUCAGUCUGGCGCGUGACCCUUCGCGACCUCGAUGAUAACCAUGUCUUCCACAAAGAAGCGGAAAUGCUGGUUUCCUGCGUGGGCACAAUAUCCAUUCCCAAAGAAUGCAACAUCCCUGGUCAUGAGAGAUUCCGAGGCGACAUGUGGCAUUCUGCGCGUUGGAAUCACAAUGUCUCUAUCAAGGGCAAGCGCGUCGCUGUCGUUGGCAAUGGAUGCUCGGCCGCGCAACUCGUCCCGUAUAUGACUAAAGAAGCCGCGCAGGUCUACCAGUUCCAGCGGUCACCUCAAUGGAUAAACGAAAGACCUAAUCGCGACUUCACCGACUUUCAGAAAUGGUGCUUCCGAUAUGUGCCUCUUUGGAACCGCAUUUACCGCUUCUACCUGUGGAAGACCACUGACGCCCUUCACAAUCUCUACCAAUCCGAAUCAGUCCAGUCACUGCGUAACCGCGCGGCGGCCACCGAACAAGCCAAGGCCUACAUGAAGUCGACGGCACCGGAGAAAUAUCUUGACGUGCUCAUACCCAAGUUUCCGCUAGGCUGUAAACGGCGAAUCUUCGACCCUGGCUACCUCGAGAGUCUCCAUAGCCCGAAUAUCGAACUUUUCGGAGAGCCUGUGGUUGAAAUCACCGAGACUGGUCUGCGAACGGCCCAGCAAAGCUUUGAAGUCGACACCAUCAUCCUGAGCACAGGUUUCAAGAUCCAGGAAUUCCUGUCUCCUAUCACGGUUAAAGGUGUUGGCGGCAUCAGCCUGAACGAACACUGGAAGGACACGGGAGGCGCACAGGCAUAUAAGGCAACGUUUGUGACGGGCUUCCCCAAUUUCGGUAUCGUGUUCGGCCCCAAUGCCUUCCCCGCCCACAACUCGGUCAUCUACACGCACGAGGUGCAAGUGGAGUUCAUCAUCAAAGCUAUGGUGAAGCCGAUCCUGUGCGGAGAUUUCCAAGUUAUCGAUGUCAAGGAGGCCGCAGAGCACCGCGACGUCAACGCGGUCCAGGCCCGGCUGCAAUCCAUGGUCUGGAACGCCGGCUGCAGCAACUGGAACCUCGAUGCCGCGGGCCGCAAUACCACCAAUUACCCCGAGGAAACUUGGAAGUUCUGGUACCAGCUCUACUGGCCCGUGUGGAAGGACUUCAAUCUCUACGGCGGCAAAGGCACGCACCCCGUGCACCCGGCAUGGAGGGUGGCCGCGACUUUGGCGAGUUUUGGGGUGCUUGUGCCGCUUCUACUCAAAAGAAGUUUCCACAUCCUUAGCCCCGUCAUGGACUUGUUGAAGCAGAAGACCUUGUAA